AUGCCCGCAAUUAUCGGGAUUGCAGCGGGGGGCGCCAUUGUGCUGCUGCUGGUAGCCAUUGCGAUUGGGCUUGCAGUGUGCAAGCCUCGCAAGACCGUGAUUCGCCACGUGCGCGCUACACCACCUCCUCUGCCAGUUGUGUACAAAGGCGCACCUCCCCCCAUGAUUCCCUACCCGGGAGGCCCCCCACCGCCCCAGGGCAUGGGGGGAGCUGCUAUGGCGGGGGGAGCAGCCAUGGGGGCAAUGGCAGGGGGAAUGGGCGCGAUGGGGGGGAUGGGGGGCGGACAGAUGGGCGGAGGGGGGCAGAUGAUGGGGGGAGGGGGACCAAUGGCAUCAGGUCCGAACGUCCCUCCUUGGUCUGCAGGCGCCAUGGGGGGAGCGGGGGCAGCGGGGGGGAUGGGCGCAAUGGGGGGAGGCGGGGGGAUGGGGUCAGGGCACAUGGGGGGAGGCGGGGGGAUGGGCUCAGGGCACAUGGGGGGGAGGGUGGCGGGGCAGGCAAGUCAGGGCAGCUCGGCCGGGUCUGUUGCGAAACAGGCGCUGCUUCAGGUAUUCCGGGAGUAUUCACUCCCAGAGAUGGAGCAGGCUACGUGCAGCUGGGCGGAGAGCAGGCAGAUUGGCAGCGGCAGCUUUGGGGAUGUGUAUCGGGGGUUCAACCCAUAUAACCCCGAGGAGACCUGGGCGGUUAAGCGGUCGAGGAUUAUCACCCAAGACUUUCAGCGGGAGGUGAAGGAGAUGGCAUCCAAGCACCACCCAGCGUUGGUGCGACUGCACGGAUACUGCAUUGACUUCGAAGCCACAGGUCCUUCCUCCCCCAGUACUCUCGUCUGCCUCUAUUUUCGCCCAUCAACCCUUUCCUUUCCUCCCCUGUCUGUCUCCCACCAGGUGAAGGAGAUGGCAUCCAAGCACCACCCAGCGUUGGUGCGACUACUCGGAUACUGCAUAGACUUCAACCCCACCACUCAGAACAUGGAGCAGAUUCUGGUGUACGAGUUUGUGGAUAAUUGCGACCUUGAGAAGUGGCUCAGCCAAGGAGUGGCGGAGUGGCUGCAGUACCUACACAGUGUCCCCCAUACCACCUGCGCUCAACCAUCCCCCCUCGCAGACACACCUCGCCCGCUGACUGCCAAGGAGCGAGUGAAGCUUCCUCUUCCCCACCCAUCCCUCGCCCUCCUCCUGUCCCCUCGCAGACACAACUCGCCCGCUGAGUGCCAAGGAGCGAGUGCACGUGAUGAUCGGCGUGGCAGAUGGGCUGCAGUACCUGCUGACACCCCCUUCCCUCUCUGUCUUCCCCCUCCUUCCCUCUGUCUGUCCCUCCUAUCAGACACACCAAGGCCGCUCACGGAAAAGGAGAGAGUGCACGUGAUGAUCGGCGUGGCGGAGGGGCUUCAGUACCUUCACAGCUCUCCCCAUGCCACCUCAUGCAUCACCAUCUACACACCAAGGCCGCUGACAGCAAAGGAGCGAGUGCACGUGAUGAUCGGCGUGGCAGAGGGGCUGCAAUACCUGCACAGCUUUGGCAUCGUGCAUCGCGACAUCAAGCCCGCCAACAUCCUGCUUGAUUCCAAGAUGAAUGCCAAGGUGGCUGAUUUCGGGCUGGUGCGGCUGGGAGAAGGAACAUCAGCUACAAUGGCGUCGACAAGAGUGAUGGGCACACCGGGCUAUGUUGACCCUGCUUAUUACAAGUCACAGAAGGCCACUCCUGCUGCUGAUGUGCACAGCUUUGGCGUGGUGCUGCUAACAGUGAUCACGGCUCGCCGCGCAAUCUAUGAAGUGGGGGACAAGCAGGUCAACAUCAAAGACUGGGCCGCUCCGCUUGCCGACGCGUGCAACGCGCAGGCCUUCCGGGACCCGCGCCUGGAAGCGCCCGACGAUCUCGUGCUGCGCCUCGCGCGGCUCGCCAUCGACUGCACCAAGGUGCCCGUCGCGUCGCGGCCGUCCAUGGCGCGCGUUCUCGCAGAACUCAUGGAUAUGAAGGAGGCGUUCUUCGGGCCGGAGACCGACAAGGUGGUUUCGAGCAUCGAUAGGGAGAUAGACGAUUCGAAUAGUCUGGGAAGCCUGACGAUGGAGUUGAAAAAGGCGGAGCAGCUUGGAGCGGGCAGUGGGAGUGGAGGAUUUUAG